UCCCGGUCCCGGGAAGCGGGAGCGGGCACACUGAGCACGGCAGGGCACGGCCAGGGCCGCCCGCAGCCCCCCGGCAUGGCCCGGUCCCGCGUGGGGAACAGGCUCUCCCCGUGGGGGCCCCACUCCUGAGAGCUCCCAGGUGUGCAGGUCUGGCUGGCACAAGAUGGCCACUCCAGUGAGGAUGUUCCCAGUUUCCCUGUGGACACCGACAACGGCUCCCUGGCCAGGAGGGAGCAACACCACAGAAGCACCCGAGGCAAAGUGUGUCUUUGACGAAGAGUUCAAGUUCAUCCUGCUGCCCGUCUCCUACGGCAUCGUCUUUGUGGUGGGGCUGCCCCUCAACUCCUGGGCCCUGUGGAUGUUCAUCUCCAGGAUGAGGCCCUGGAACGCCACCACCACCUACAUGGUCAACCUGGCCCUCUCGGACACGCUCUACGUCCUGUCUCUGCCCACCCUGGUCUAUUAUUACGCCGACCGCAACAAUUGGCCCUUCGGGACGGGGCUUUGCAAGUUCGUGCGCUUCCUCUUCUACGCCAACCUCUACAGCAGCAUCCUCUUCCUCACGUGCAUCAGCGUGCACCGCUACAUGGGCAUCUGCCACCCCAUCCGCUCCCUCAAGUGGGUCAAGACCAAGCACGCCCGCAUCAUCUGCGUGGCCGCCUGGCUCGUGGUCACCAUCUGCCUCAUCCCCAACCUCAUCUUUGUCACCACCAGCUCCAAGGGCAACAUCACCCUGUGCCACGACACCACCAAGCCCGAGGAUUUCGACCACUACGUGCACUACAGCUCCUCCAUCAUGGCCCUGCUCUUCGGGGUGCCCUUCCUGGUCAUCGUCGUGUGCUACUGCCUGAUGGCCAAGCGGCUCUGCAAGUCCAGCUUCUCCAGCCCCGGCCUCCGGAUGCCCUCCUACAAGAGGCGCUCCAUCAAGAUGAUCAUCGUGGUGCUCGCCGUCUUUGCCAUCUGCUUCGUGCCCUUCCACAUCACCCGCACCCUCUACUACACCUCCCGCUACUUCCAGGCCGACUGCCGGACCCUCAACAUCAUCAACUUCACCUACAAGAUCACGCGGCCCCUGGCCAGCAUCAACAGCUGCCUCGAUCCCAUCCUGUACUUCAUGGCUGGGGACAAGUACCGGGGCUGGCUGCGCCGCGGGGCCGCCCAGCGCCUCCGGCCCAUGCCCACGCUGGACCUGGCCCUGGUGUCACCCUUCACAGACAAUGGCACGGGUGGCAGCCACACGGCCAGCGUCACCCGAGGCACCGGGACCGCGCGCAGCGGAGGCGGCUGCUGAGGGUGUUCUGGAGCCUCAGCCCAGGGCUCCAGGACCUGCAGCCCCUCAGGGCUCCCUGUGGGCGCUCUCAAGUCCCCAGAGCUGAGCUGUCCCUGCCCAGACCUGCAGGGCGGAGGGCUGGAGGCCACAGGUUGGUCCCAGCCCUGCCCUGGGGGGCCGUGGGAGGAGGGUGCUGGUGCUGGUCAGGACAGGAGAGCCACCAGGCACUCAUGGGAAUGGGAAGGACACUGAGGAGGCUCUUUUGGGGCAGCAGGCUGGUGCUCCAUCCCUGGCACUCCUGUGGACACAUGGGGCUGACAAGUCACUAAAGAGAAGGGACACUGGUGCCUCCCUGGACACAGCUCUUCCAGAGGGCUCAGUGGUGACAUGUAGGGACCAGACUGAACCUGGGGACAGAGCCCACCCUGGGUGGGUUCUCAGAGAUGUCCCUAUCACACUGCUGGCCUUGGCAGAGGGGGAGUGACAUGGCCUGGGGCACUUGCUGCCCACGACUCCCAAUAAAGCCCCUUCUCCUCUCUGCACACAGGCCUGUUUCUCCCUGCAGCAUAAGGAAGAAGGACAGGACAAUCAC